AAUCGCUCUUUAUUCGUGUUUUGUGCACCCACGAUCAUCGAAACUUUUCUUUAACAAUUUAAUAAAUUUGUGGUCCGUCAAAUGGAUUAUAGCUCGUGGAGGAGGGCUGGAAUUCGUAAAUACAGAAAAAGACAGCACAAGUUGAAAACUAGUGUCGAUGUAGGCUUAGCCACACAAUCUUGGAAAGCCAUCACAUUUGAAAAAAAAAAUCAGACAAGGUCAUUUCCGUCAUUUCACAUCGCCUCAACUGUUUAUUAAGUUUCGCCCUUCAUCCUCCCCACAUCUUAUAACCCUAUAAACAAAUCGCCGCCGCCACCCGCCGCCUCUUUACACCGUCUGCAAUGGCGGCCGCCGCUUCCACCUCCGCAUCCCCAGCCAUCACCAGGAACACCUCUCUCCUCACCAAGCCGAAGCUCAGCUCACGAUUCACCGUUCCAUUCCCCCCAAGCCCCCAUCACUCCGCCGCCGCCGCCGCCUCCUGCCGCCGCCCGAUGCAAAUCUCAAGCGUCCUAUCCUCUCCUAAGCCGCAGACCGGCGAGCAGGAGGCCUUCGUCUCCCGAUUCGGCCCCGACGAGCCGCGCAAGGGCAGCGACGUCCUCGUGGAGGCGCUGGAGCGCGAGGGCGUCACCGACGUCUUCGCCUACCCCGGCGGCGCGUCGAUGGAGAUCCACCAGGCGCUGACGCGCUCCGACAUCAUCCGCAACGUCCUCCCCCGCCACGAGCAGGGCGGCGUCUUCGCCGCCGAGGGCUACGCCCGCGCCUCCGGCGUCCCCGGCGUCUGCAUUGCCACCUCCGGCCCCGGCGCCACCAAUCUGGUCUCCGGACUCGCCGACGCCCUCCUCGACAGCGUGCCGAUGGUGGCGAUCACCGGCCAGGUCCCACGCCGCAUGAUCGGCACCGAUGCGUUCCAGGAAACCCCAAUCGUCGAGGUAACUAGGUCAAUAACGAAGCAUAAUUAUCUUGUAUUGGAUGUUGAUGAUAUUCCUAGAAUUGUGAAAGAGGCCUUCUUUAUAGCCCGGUCUGGUAGGCCCGGCCCUGUUCUAAUCGAUGUUCCGAAAGAUAUUCAACAGCAAAUGGUGAUUCCGAAUUGGAACCAGCCAAUGCGAUUGACUGGUUAUUUGUCUAGAUUGCCUAAGCCUCCUAGCGAGAUGUUGUUGGAGCAGAUAGGUAGGUUAGUAUCCGAGUCGAAAAAACCAGUGCUUUAUGUAGGAGGGGGUUGUUUGAAUUCGAGUGAGGAGUUGAGGAAAUUUGUCGAGCUCACUGGAAUCCCCGUUGCAAGCACGUUGAUGGGGCUCGGCUCUUAUCCUGGUUCGGAUGAGGAUUUCGCCUUGCAAAUGCUGGGAAUGCACGGCACUGUAUAUGCAAACUAUGCAGUAGACAAGAGUGAUUUGUUGCUUGCAUUUGGGGUUAGGUUUGAUGAUCGUGUGACUGGUAAGCUCGAGGCGUUUGCUAGUCGGGCUAAGAUCGUUCACAUUGAUAUUGACUCGGCUGAGAUUGGGAAGAAUAAGCAACCUCAUGUGUCAAUUUGUGCUGAUCUCAAGUUGGCUCUUGAGGGGUUGAAUUCCAUACUUGAGGAGAAAGUGAGGGAUGGUGAUGUUAAACUCGACUUUUCAGCGUGGAGGGAUGAGUUGAAGGAGCAAAGGAUCAAACACCCCUUGAGUUUCAAGACAUUUGGAGAUGCAAUUCCUCCUCAAUACGCGAUUCAGAUGCUUGAUGAGUUGACGGGUGGGAAGGCUAUCAUUAGUACUGGCGUCGGGCAGCAUCAGAUGUGGGCUGCUCAGUUCUACAAGUACAAUAGGCCGAGGCAGUGGCUGACAUCGGGUGGUCUUGGUGCAAUGGGGUUUGGUCUGCCUGCAGCCAUUGGAGCUGCUGUGGCGAGACCUGAUGCUGUCGUUGUGGACAUUGAUGGUGACGGGAGUUUCAUCAUGAAUGUUCAAGAGCUGGCUACAAUAAGAGUGGAGAACCUUCCUAUCAAGAUCAUGCUGUUGAAUAACCAGCACUUGGGCAUGGUGGUUCAAUGGGAAGACCGGUUCUAUAAGGCCAACCGAGCUCACACUUAUCUAGGAAACCCUUCGGAUGAGUCGCAGAUAUUCCCCAACAUGCUCAAGUUCGCAGAGGCUUGCGACAUACCAGCAGCCCGGGUGACUAGGAAGGAAGAACUGAGGGCGGCAAUGCAGAAGAUGCUGGAUACCCCCGGCCCGUACUUGUUGGAUGUGAUUGUCCCUCAUCAAGAGCAUGUGCUGCCUAUGAUUCCCAGUGGCGGCGCUUUCAAAGAUGUGAUCACUGAAGGCGACGGAAGAACUAAAUAUUGAGCUCGAACUCGAUGAGGAUGCUUUCUAGCAGAGCCUAUACAGUAGUACCAAGCAUGAAGAGGUAACAUGAUAACAUCUUCUAUCUUGCUUAUUUUCUGUUGUUAGUGUUUUUGUAUCUAGGUGAUUGGAGAGGUUGAAAAUCAUCUGCUGUUGAGUAUUAUGGUAGUUGUUUGAUGAUAAUGUACUUUUGCUGUAGGGUGUAAUAAUGCUAUCAUGUAUGUAAGAAUUUAGUGUUACAGCAAUGCAUGGUUUGGUUGAAUUUUGAAUAA